UGAAACCACAGGGUCAGCAGACACCAGAACAAAAAAAGAAAAAAGAAAAAAAAAUAGAAGAAGGGUCGGCACAAUGCGACCUACAGACGCUUUCGGGCGGCAAUCGCGUCCGGCGCCUGAGAGCGAAGACCUCGGAAUGUCGUCCUUCCACCACGUCACAGCGUCGCAGACAAUGUCGUACUGCGUCGCCGACGAGUCCGUGGUCGACGCCAGCCUGGACCAGUCCUUUUCCACCUUCACCGGUAGGGUCAGGCACGAUGCUCGGAAGAAGGAUCGCCAGCCCACUUCGAUUCCACGCUCUGAACCCGCGGCCGGGGGUCCGUCGUCGUGCGCCGUAACUGGCGUAGAGGAACCCUCACGCUCGAUUCCCGUGACUGCUUUGCAUGAACUGCUCGAUCGGCCGCUCUCCCCACCGACCGUCAAGACGCCAGGCUCGACCCCUCUGAACUGUUCUCGGCCGCACCAACAGCAGCAGCCCAUUUCUACGCCCAUGACGCCAAUCCUGCUCGGCGUGUCGGGUCCUGGAUCGACCUUUAGUGGAUUGUCUUCGCGGCGGGACUCCCUGUCGGCCGGUUCGCUGUCUGAAGAGCUUGGGAGCAUGGCGGGGGCGAGCGAGGAGGGGUCUGUGGUCGGUGAGGACGUCGAAAAUGGCGAUCCAGGCGCUACGCCCAUGGAGCACAGUGCGGCUACUGCACCCCAGCUGGUCAUGCCCAGUAUCAAAAUGCCUAGCAGGCGACCUUUUACCGAGGAGGGCAAGGCGAUCGGUCGGCUAAAGGUUUUGAUAGCUGGAGAAAAGGGCAUUGGCAAGACAUCUUUGAUCAAGUCUAUCGUGCAAUGUUGCGAACACAUUGUUCACCUCGACCCCAUUGAACCUACUCCUUCGACUUGGGAAACCGGCCCGAGGACUGAUCGGGCCGUUCCCCGAGCCGUAACCGAGAUCCACGGCAGUACCAAAGCAUAUCCGGAAUGGUGGGCAGAUUUGGACGACUCUCGGACGCUGAAGAGGAGAAACAGCUUAGGAGAUGUCGUUAUAAAUCGGAACAUAUGCUUUGUCGAUACAAUCGGAUAUGGAGGUGGCGCAAAGGCCCUACAAGAUAUUGUUCCCGUAGUUCAGUACAUUGAGUCGCAUCUAGAGCGGAUGUCCUCAAAUACUUUGAGCGAUUCUGAUCUUGCGACUAUGAUCGGAGGUGAAGGAGGUCCUCAGGUGGAUGUUGUACUAUAUCUAAUCUCCCAUGACCUGAAACCCGUCGAUCUACAGUACCUGAGGAUGCUGGCGCCUCUCACUAACAUAAUACCCCUGAUAGCCAAGUCGGACACUAUUGCAGCAGACGAUAUCUGGGAGAGGAAGCAAAAGGUGUUGAGUCAGUUCCUGAGCGCUGACGUGCGCCCCUUUCGUUAUUCGAAAGUAUUACCGACUAGUCAGGCAGAGGCUGUCUUGUCUGUUUCGAGUGCUACUGGUUCAGAUAGCGAGGUUAUGGACGCCAGUUUGCUCAUGAGCCCAGACUACGUUGAGCCACUGCUCCCAUCCGAACUGGGUGAACUCGUUCGACAAGUCUUCAGCGCAGAUGGAGCGUCGUGGCUGAGACACGCAGCUGCAAAGAAAUGUUUGCAAUGGCGGUCUGGAGAACAGGCAAGCAAGCCACAAGCAUUAUACAGACCUCUCAACUCCUGGCCCCCUUCGGCUCAGGGGCAAACGCCUCCCUUCAUAGGGACGACAGGAGAGCUCACGGUCAGGACUCCAUCAUCUGCAAUGGCACUUGCUCCUACGAAAGUCAGGCGCGAGGAGCAGCUGGCGCAGAUUCGUCUGGCGAAUUGGGCUGUUGAGUUGCAACGAAGCUUGGAUAGCGAAAGAGCACGUUAUGAGGCACUUGCGAGAGGUGAGCGCGCUGUAUGGCUCACGGAACGCCUGGGCGAAUGCGUCAAGGACGGCACUUUGGUGGCCAUAGGAGGUCGGGAUCGCCAACGCCAGCAGUCCCGGUCUAGUCGGUCAGCUUCGUCGUCAUCAGCAGGGGCCAAGGUUGCCAGGCCUCACCAUGACGGUGCCCUUACUUCUCAUGGGCAAACAACGACAAAGGGGCUCCGUCUGCAAUCGGUACAUUCACAAGAUCCUCUUGGUCUUCUCGAGAUGCUGGCGGAUAUAAGAGCUAGGGGCUGGGUUGCUCUCGAGGUGCUCGGCAGUAUUGGAGUAUUCGGCGGCCUGGCCCUUUGGGUAACAGGCAGAUAUUGGCAUGCAUAUCCCCGCGAAGACGUGAGAAGCUGCUUCGCGCUUCUAGGAUGCAACAUAGAGACCGCUGGGUUCUUAACCCGACACAACAUUGGAACUUGAGACCAGGGACAGGCUAUACCCGACAAACCAUUAUCCGUAUUUCACGACCCCAAGUCAAAUGCGGCGUCAUGAACCCCGGAAAGCAGCCACAGUGUCAAUCAUGGCGCUAGAAAAGCAAGUUACACACACUGGAAUGGCGCCCACCUCCACUCCAACUCCAACUCAUUCACCGCUCCGAUUCGGGGGCGACACUCCUUUGGGCUCUCUUGUCUUUUGAUGACAGCCCCUGGAUUUGAUCCGCAAGGCUCCUACUUAAGAGGAAGGGGGACCACAGGAGACCCAAGACUACACUAGUCUAGUCUAGCACAUACUGAGAUAUUGGCAGCCAAUUCUUGGUCCUCGUAAUGAAGGUGGCAUGUAGGCGAAUGGUCGGGACACCAUUUUCCAAUAAUGCCCGAACGACGUUAAUCCCAUCUGGAAAGCAACCCCCCAGGGCAGCCAGCCACCUUUGAGACUAUGAGCUAUGGAAAGUCACGUCUCAAAAUCAGGCUUUUACAAUGUUAAUGUCCUGUAAAACCAAAGAAAUUAUAUUAAGAUUAUUACUGGGUGGAUAUCUGCUUGGGUAUCGAUUGCUUCAAAGUACAAAAAAUGGGUCAUUUUGCGCCAAGUAUUCCCCUGAAUUUCCAAAAAUUCAACACGAUGGUACCAUUCAUCCUUUCGCUGGGACAAUCCCUCAUUAACGCGAAGGAAUAAAGGGUCUAAUGGCCCUUUGGACAUAACCCUCGGGCAAGCCAUACCUAGCCUGCGCCUCUUCGAUGCCGCGAU